AUGUCCGUGACGUAUCUCGUCCCGCCAGAGACGCCCGGGAUUCCUCGUGAUAUCCCAACGCCAAUGCCACUCCCGGUUCGCUUUGAGGAUUGCAGAAAGCGAAAGGCCGAUGUGGACUGGGAGUAUGGCAUUGGCUGGGUCGAGGAAGAGAUGGAGAAGCGGGCGGCCGCCGAUAUCGUCAAGCGUAGGAAGGUGAUGACCCCGUGA